UUAUAUAUAUCUAAAUUAUUAAAAAAUAGCUCGGAAGAGAGAAAAGUCUUUUUUUCUGAAAUUAUGAGAAAUAUAAGAAGUUUGAAAUAACUAUAUAAUGAAAAUGAGCUUAAGUGAAUGUGCAGCACUUUCGAUUGCGUGGUCAAAGUCAAACUUGCGUCAAUACCUAUCGGUGAGAGGAUACUGCUUGUGUAAAUUCAUGCUAGUCUUCGGUUUACUUCCGGACGACCCUGGAACGGAAGGUCGACCACUUUACGAAGACCGUUGACCGUGUCUUAACACUCGGAGUUACCGAUAUUGUGAAAUUAUGGGAGACUUCCUUGAAUUUCGACGGUGAAGGGGUUUCCUAUAAAAGCAUGGGAAACGAAUGACCAGCUUUGAAUCGUUUUUUAGACGUUCAACAGGUAACAGUGACACUUCCGUUCCACAAUGAGAGGCUUACUCUUAGUGACGGUAUUCGGUGCGAUUUUUAUGAGAGAAUCGUUUAGUAAACCGACGGAAACGCUGGCGAAUUCUGAUGAGCUCGAUCCCGUUGCCUCGACUGUGAAUACUACUUCCGAAAUCGAGGCCACGAGAGAGCAAAGAUCGCCGCAAUUCGGUUUGUUAGGUGGUAACAGUGAUUAUUAUGAUUACAACGACGAUGUACGUUAUAAUCGUUACGGAAGCAAGCGAAAAUAUCAUCACUAUAAUUACUAUAAACCGUUCAAUAGGCCACACGGUAUUGUCGGAGGACAUGGAUGUCGUGGUUAUGGCUGUGGUGGAGGAUGGCAACCGGACUACGGCGGCCAUCACCAUACCGGACAAGGAGCAUCUUUUGCCUCAGCAUCAGCAGGAUCUAUAGGUGGAGGUGGUCCUUAUGGCGGAGGACACAGCCAGGCCAAUGCACAGAGUGCGAGUUUCAGCGUCGGGCCUUUCUCAGCCUCGUUCAGCGCCGCUCAGUCCUCGUCGGGACAGAACGGAUUUUGAAUUCUUGAAACGAUAUCGAACGCAACUACGCUAGGCCCCGAAUCGCCCCUUAAUUUAUUUCACCAUCAUCGUCUCUCCGUCAUCAUUGUGGGCCCAUUGUUUACAAACAUUCUACGUCACUCGCUAGGAGCAAGUAAAUAAGCCUAACCGCGUGCGUGAGCCACCCUCUUGCCUCCUGCGAGAGGAUUUCCUGAGCGAGCAAGUUCCCUUUGUCCGCGUGCCAGCCACCAGAUGUUCCCCAAAAUAAAACUGACAAAAUAUCGCGACGUAGCGCCGCGAUUCGCGCACGAACGAGCGAGACGGUCAGGCAAAUCUGACGCGAGAGGAGCAAGGAUGGAAGGACUCUUGAGGAACGACGAGGUGGGGAGGUGAGACGCCGCGAGACGAAGAGGGUCGCUGGAUAAACGGGCACAAAGGGAUAGGAAGCCGAAGGGAGGAGGGCUUGUUAAAGGCGAGGGCCCCUGAAAUCGAGAUCCGAAAAGCCUCGUGCAAUGACCGGACGAAUCGCACACGCGAUCUUCACCGGCGCGCUGCGGUGCAGCAUCCUUCGAUUCGUGAUAGUCUCCUCACUCUCCUCUCGUCGAAUGCAGCCGGGAGAAGCGACGCCCUCGAGGACGCGUGCAGCACAUCGCGAACGUCGAAGAACGUCGAGAAUCCUUGGCGAAGAACAGUUCAUUUAUUCAUUAUUUAGCGAAGCAUGGAGCGAAAGGACCGAUGGAUCAAUCUUAUGAUUUCUAGCAAUAAAUAUCUAGCAAUUGUUGUGAUAUUUUUAAAGAAUGAAGAAAAAUAGAAAAUAUAGAGAAGAAAUUAAGAGAUGUGGAGAAAAGAAGAACUCUUUGCUUGAUAUUCUCUCGACUAAUUUGUUUCCAUUGCCUUUUGUACAAAAUGACAAUUAAGCAGUUUUAUAAAAUGAUUACUUAAUAGUAUCAAAAUAAAUAAAAUCAAUAAUAUAAAUAAUAUAAAUAAAAACACAAUUCUUUUUUUAUUUAUAUUAUACUUGCAUUAAUUUCCCCCAUUUCUUUAUAAUGAUAAUCGUAACAAAAAUAUUCGCGUGUGAUGGCCAGAGGCAAGAGGCUGAGGAAUAUUCGAGAAAUUACGCUCGUUAAAGAUCCACUGUGAUAUUAACCGGGGUUUAUUGGACGAGGUACCCUGUUAUUUUUCCAGCUGCAGAAGAUCAUUAAACGCGUUAUCUUUUGCUCUUCGAAAUCACCUAAACUCACACAAAAAAUUCGAGUUCCACUUUAACUCUCUUCCCCAAAGUACAAUGAACAUUCGUUCAAGCAACUUUAUUUCAUCGUCGUCUUAUUAACGUAUAAAUCUCUGAGGUCGAUGAACUCUCAUUCCCUUGAUUUACAGAAGAAAAACUUUUUCUGGAAGGACCAUCGGCCGGUUCUCGGUCGGGGCUUAGCAUUUUUAGAUCGCAGCGGCGUCCACCUCGAAGAAGUGACAUUCACGACACCCGAGAUGCGUCAAAGAGGCUCGUUAAAGGUCCGUGUCCUGUCGUUAACCAUUGUUUAGCCGCUCCUGGGCACCUACGGCCCUGCUAACCGGUAAACCAGUCUCUCCGUCUGAGUAAAAAGAGAGAGAGACGGAGAGUACGAGAGUCGUCCGGAUAAACGG